AUGUACGUUGCUUCCGUUAAGGGCUGUUUGGAAGCGUAUUUGUUCUUCGAUGGUGUACAUGCUUUGAUCGAUGAAGACCAAUGGAUGUAUGAUAAUAUCAUAUCUGAAGAAGUUGAAAUGAAUGUCAAAAAUGAGGAAGAUGCUGGCGUUAAAGUUGAUUGCUCUGAUGCUUUUAAUACUUUUGAGUUGUUUGGUAGUCGUGAGAAAGUUUUACAAUGGGCUCGAUCGUUGGCUCAUGACAUCAGAUUUGUUGUCGUUAUAAUGAGGUCCGACACCAAUACCGAUGUUCGAGGAAGAGCCUCAUUUCUGUUGAUAGCUUGUGAAAGGAGUGGGCAGUAUAGGCCUAAGAAACAUAAUUUGGUAAGAGCAUGCACUGGCAGUAGAAAAUAUGGAUGCUCGUUUAAGUUGCGUGCAAAGCUAGUUUCGGGAGGAGAUGGCUGGAUGGUGAAGUUAAUUUGUGGGAUUCACAAUCACGAAAUGACAAAGUCAUUGGUUGGGCAUCCAUAUGCAAGUCGACUCACAAAGGAUGAGAAGAAUGUUGUUGUCGAUAUGACAAAGUCCAUGGUGAAGCCAAGAAAUAUUUUGUUGACGUUGAAGGAGCACGAUAACAACAAUUAUACAACAAUCAAACAAAUUUACAAUACCAAACAUGCUUAUCGUUCUUCCAUAAGAGGAAGUAACACCGAAAUGCAACAAUUGAUGAUGUUGCUUGAUCGAGAUCAAUAUAUUCAGUGGCAUAGGGUGAAGGAUGAUAAUGUUCUACGUGACUUGUUUUGGAGUCAUCCUAAUGCAAUAAAGAAUGACAUUCUCCGCUGUUUUGCUUACUUGGAAGGAGAAUGUCUUAAUAAUGUUGUUUGGGCUCUAGAGCGAUUUCGGUGUCUUUUCAUGAGAAUUGAUGCUAUCCCCAGGGUUAUUGUGACUGACAGAGAUUUGUCUUUGAUGAAUGCAAUGAAAAUUGUAUUCCCGGAUUCUACGAACUUGCUGUGUCGAUUCCAUAUUGACAAGAAUGUCAAGGUAAAGUGCAAAACCCUGGUUGCUCAAAAGAAUGCAUGGGAUUAUGUGAUGGAGGCUUGGGGGAGUUUGGUUGAUUGUCCCAAUGAGAGUUCUUUAGAUUAG